AGGGAUGAGGAGGAGAGCCUGGCCAUGGGGUGCCCCUUAGCACCAGCACUGAUGCUAGGAAGAGUCUGAUGGCUUGCGGGAGGAGGGGGCUACCUAGCAGUUGGGCUAUGACGGGGUGAGGAGAGCAUGGGAGGAGGAUUCGAGGACAGGGAGAAUUCUGUUCAUGCAGGGAGGUGCAAUUGGGCCUUGAAUCCCAGGGUCCUUUGGAUUCCCCAUAGGGAAUGAUGGCUUCCUAGAGGUUAACACUAUCACCUGGUAUGUUAACUGCAUGAAGGAGGGACAUUGUAUGUGAUGCUUAGUGACCCAUGGGGUUGGACUAGACAGGGCACCUUGCUUUCAAAGUAGCCAUGGCUCAAUUCAGCCUGAGCUGUAAAGAACACUUAUGUGAUGGGGGGGGAAGAGAGGGAGGUUAAGCCCAUUCCCAGGCUGGCUUCCUAGAGGUGGUGCCAUUAGUGUGGAUAAGUUUAGAAAUGGGGGAAGGGUGCUAUUCCUGGCCCAGGGAGCAGCUGAGCCAAGGACUUAGAGGGCAACAGAGGGAAAAGUGUGUGGAGGAGUGGGCAGGAAGUAGUUCUAUGCCAUAACUGUUGUGAAUAGUCACUGGGGCUCAGUAAUGCCACCCGGCCAAGGGCCUUGAGUGCCAGGCCAAGGAGAACUCCAGACCACUGGUAGAUUUCAGGCAAGUCUUAUUAAGUGUCUGCCUCAUGCUAAGGCUAGAGAGAGGGAAAUGGACAGUCUAUGAGAUCAUCCACCAGCUGCCCCUAUUCUCCCCUUCUCAGAAGCAUGAGUCCCAAAUCUUUGUUCCAGGAUCCCCACUGUCCUCUCUGCUCAUCCACCCCCAGGGCACAGCAGACUGUCCUGGGAGGCCCUAGGCAGAUGGAGUACAGGAGUGAGGUGGGACAGACUGGCAAAGGAGAGGCAGCAAGCCAAAGCAAAGCAGGAACAACAGUUCUCAGAUGGCCCUACAGCAGGCUCAGAGACAUCUUUGGGGAAGAAUGGCAUCUUGGAGUUCCACAUGAAAGCUGUGCCAGGAACAGAAGUCCCAGGACACAAGGAUUGGGUGGUGAGUAAAUUUGGAAGAGUAUUGCCUGUCCUUCACCUUAGAAGUCAGAAUAAACGUAAAAUCUUAAAAUAUGAUCCAUCAAAAUAUUGCCACAACCUCAAGAAGUUUGAACAAGAUGUCACAAAUACUGUCUCUAUUUCUGACCUCACUUGGAAAUUGGAAGGAGGAGAUGACACAAUGAGUAAGAAACGACAGGGACAGUUUCCUGCAUUCAGAAAUUGCCCUCCUAAAAGAGCAAAGGUGGGGGGAAAUCACUGCUCUCCAGCCCCUCCAAAUGUAGCGCAACAGCCAGAUGUUCAAAAAGCAGAUCUCAGUCCAGUUGAACUUCCUACAUCAGGAUCCUCUAGACAUAAGAACAGUCAGAAACCAGAGACAGUGUUUCUUCCAGCUUCAAAAUCUCCCUUUGUCAGGAGCAGAAAUACCAUGUCUGAUGAUGAUAUUGAUUCUGAAGAUGAGUUGAAAGCUAUGAUAGCAGAAGAGAAGAAAUCACAGAAGAUGGUCUUUGAGACAGACAGCACCGAAAGGGAUUCCUUUGAAGUGGUCAGCAGUGAUUUCAAGCCAAGUCCAGCCAGUUCAGGGGUGAAGCAUAAAAGAACUCAAGCUUCUUGCUCAAACAGCAGUCAUCCUGCUGAGAGUGACAAAGAAUAUGACUCAGGGGACACGGAUGAAAUCAUUGCUGGGGGCAAAAAUGGUGACCAGAGCAAAAACAAGGCCAAAACAUCACCAAAAAGGAAAGCCAAACCAAAAGAGAAGAAGGACUGUUUGCAAAAUAGAACAGACCAUCCAUCUUCUGGUCAUGCUACAGAAAUUAGGAAAGGGAGACAUUCCUCUGGUAACGAAAAAGAGUCCAGCACAAAGCUGGCCACUAAAAAACUGCCUUGUACCCCUCCUGAAUCUGAGGAUGGGUCUGAAGAAAACCUGGAUUAUGACUCCAUGAUGACGAACUGCUAUCGCCUUGACCUCACCUUGGCUGAUCUAGAAAAACUGGCCAGUGAAGGUGUGCAGAAAGCAGAGGACAGUGACGAUUGUACUGAGCAGGAUCUCCCCAGGAGACAGGUCCCAGAUUUUAGCCAGAAGAAGAGGAAGGCUUCCAACAGAAGGGCCCAGUGCAUCAAUCCCAGUGACAUUUUGGCUUCCCUCUUAGAAGGGGAAGAGAUCAGUGACCGGAAGCCACCCCAGGAGAAUAUGUGGAAAUCCAAGUUUCAGGCUUUCAAAGGUGUGGGAGCCCUCUAUGAAGGGGAGACCCUAAGAAAACCCUUUAGGGACACAGGUGGCUUUGCCCACAAGAAAGGUCAUUCUUGGAACCAGGAAGCUUCUGCUAAUUCUGUGGGGAAACAGGCCUUUGGUUCUAAUACUUGUUCCAGUGAGGAAAUGUUCCCCCCUCAAGAUGGAAGGGAAACAAAUGAGGUAGAUGGUCUUGCACAUUGUCCUGGAAAAGCUCCAAGGAAGAGACAAGCAAGCAGGGACCAGUGUUCCACUGGACAGUCAUCUACCCCUGGUUCUGAAUGUGAAAAUGGUUCGGUUUCUAGCCUGUCAUCCUUGGACACUAAGAAGACUCACAGGACAGACUUGGGAAGUGAUGCUGGAAUGAGAAAACCCAAGCAAGGAAAGAGUGAUUCCCUCCCCCUCAGACCUUCUCCAGGUCAAGAGCCCAAGCCUGUAGUUCUGAAAACUCAUGCCAAGAAACCCAUCCAGGUCUCUGUUGAAAGAGUCAGUGCAUUUUCCCGUAUGCAAGGGAAGGCCCCGAGAGGAUCUCAGGAGGAGACCAACUGCCCCCCACCUCAGAUCCCUUCAUCAGAUGCCAUCAGCCCUCCUAAGAACUCCCAGGAUAAUCAGAAACGCUUGGCAGCCUUGGAGGAGAGGAAGAGAGAACGGGAGCUGCAGAAGCAGCUGGUGCGCAGUGCUCUUUCCAGCGUGGAUAGUUCUCUAGCAAGCAAACCAACUCACAUCGUGUUUGGCUCUGACAGUGAAGAAGAAACAGAAGAGAAAGGUGGCAGUGAGCAACCUCUUCCUGAAAACAGAGUAAAGCAGGAUCUGACUGGUAAGACUUCUGGGAAACUCUUUGAGAGCAGUGAGGAUGACGAACAGGAGAGUGAUGAUGAUGAGGCCCGAUUCCAGAUUAAGCCCCAGUUUGAAGGCAAAGCUGGAAAGAAGCUCAUGAACUUACAGUCGCACUUUGGGACUGAUGACCGAUUCCGAAUGGAUGCUCGCUUUUUGGAAAGUGAGAGUGAAGAGGAAGAGGAAGCAGAGGAGCCCAAAAAAGCAGAAACAAAUGAGGAAGCGGAGCUCAUUGCUGAGAAAAAGAAAAACCUGGACAUGAUUCAAAACCUUCUACACAUUGGCCAUCCAACUCCAAAACUGAGCAAAGAAGAAAUGGCUGCCAAGCAGUUCAGGAAUAUCGUACGGUAUGAUCCAACGAGACUGGACCAUGCCACGUUUGAAAGAAAAACAGACCCCGAGGAGAAGGAAAGCAAAGCCAGACGCAGGAAGAAGAGGGAGGAAGCAGAGAAGCUGCCCGAAGUGUCUAAGGACCUGUAUCACAGCAUCGCUGCUGAUCUGAAGGACAGGUUCAGGGCCACAGAGCCAGCCCCAGGGGGCACGGGAGCCACUGGGCCCUGGAACGAGACACCUGAGGAGCUGGAGACAACUGAGGCCCCCUCAGCGGGCCUCAGCGAGUUCACCUUCUCCUUCUUUGGUCCAGACAGCAAUGGGGCCAAAGAAGAGCCAUACAAGAUUGAAGCAAGGGCACCUGGGCGCAUGGCCUGGCAGCAGGACCCUCGUUUCCAGGACAGUAGCUCAGAGGAGGAGGAGGAGGAGGAAGUGGAGCCUGAUGAUGGGAGCCGAGAGGCAGCAGGAACAGGGGAAGUGCCAUUACCUGAAAAACCAGCCCGUCGCUUUUUCUUUUUCUCCGAGAACGAUGAACGAUUAGGUGUGGGGCCUGAGUCAUUCUGGCAAGGCUCAGGAAGCCGUGCCAGCAGUGAAGACUGGGAAUCCAGAACCAUGGUCCUACUGCAGGACUGCCGGAAGAAGCAUAAAGCAGCCAAGAGGAAAGCCAAGCCUUGAAGAAUGUCCUUCGGGGGCCAGGAGCUGCGGAACGACCAGGCUUCAGGGUGAAGCUCCUCCCAGUCUUGUGAACAGAGGCCUAGCUUGGGAGUCAGGCUGUUGGCUCUGGGUUUGAGUUCUGCCUCAGACACAUGCUGGCCCAGACAGGAUUGCAGCCUCUCCAUCAAGCCCCAAACUACUUCCCACAAAGAUUCCUGCAGCUGUCUACACUGGCGAGGGGGUCAGGUAGUGCCAGGCUGGUGUGGCACCUGUUCCCCACGCUGAUGAAGCAGCAGGUGCAGAUGCCCACAAAGCCUGGCCCUAUGUGUGCUCCAGGGCUGCGGGGCCCCUGCCAUGAGCUAGGCUGUAGACAGAAGGGGUGGCUGACCUCCCUCGGACAUGCCUGAAAAACAUGAUUUUUGGCAAGCCAGUCUGGAAAUGUGGAUGGGCCAACAGCUCCCGUUGGGUUCUCUCCUUGGGCUUUAGGAAAGAUUUGGAACCAAUGAAAGACUUGACUGGUGUGAAGGGGGAAAACACAAAAAGUGGGCCCAGGGAGCCUUUGAGGCUCAUUUCCGAGGGGCCCCCCAUUUCUCUGUUUGUACUGCUGCCCUUUGGGGCUCCGUCAAUAAGACUGCUUACUGGAUUCCCAA